AUGACAAUGUUUGUUUUUGACGUCCGGCACUUCUUCGGCACAUUAUAUCGAAGUUACGCGGUGUCAAUACCGGCGAUAUAUUUAUCUCGCACGCAAAAGAUUUUUAUUAUCUGCUUCGCUGGUGGUUCAGUUGUACUAGGAGGACUAGCACAAUUCUUGAAGAGACGUCGACGGCCCCCACACCCGCCUGCCAGGAGAUCCUACAGAGAUUACAAGUCAAGACUAUCAACGAUUAGGAAUUCCAAUUUUGAUGCGAUGUCUCAAGCGUCCUGGGCGAGAAGAAGCGAAGCCAGUACUAAAAGUCACAUUAGUGAUCAUGCGUCACUCAUCUCUUCUGUGCCAGCAGGUCCAGAUGACGAUGUAAAACUUACUCCGCAACAAUAUGGUGUCCUUGGACUCGAGGCGCUGGAAAGGGCCCUCUACUGUUGGGAAGACGCCCUCACCGCGUUCAGCUCGACCUUCGCGAACGACGCCCUGGCCCUGCCGUCAAAGGCUGACGCGGCGUUCACCCAAGAUGUCCAGGAACUCCUCGACAUGGGCUACCAGAUGCAAAGUCACGCGGAAAUGCUGUUCCUCGAUCAGCACUCCGUUUUAUUCCGCAACGAAAGCGAGGAGAGCCUCGACAAGCCUUCGAACAUCGGGAUGCGGAUAUCUGGUUUCAGGGACAAAGACGUUGCGUCGUCACCCGAAUCGUUUGCAUCUGCACGUGACGGGGUUGCGGAUUUGCGGGAAUUCGAGGAAUUCUCGGAGCUCUUUCCACACUUCGAGAAGCAGAAGUUGUAUCACGCCGCUCUUAAGCAGCACGAGGAGAAAAGUAUUCCUUGCAGGAGAUUACACACGGAGCUCGUAAAGUGCGGAUCGGACGUGGAAUACUUGGCGAAAGUGUACUGUCUACGUCAGGCCUAUACGAAAUUAUUUAACAUGCCGACGACGGCGACAUUUAUAGCGGACAUGGGCCGUCAAAUCAUUUGCGAUUUAAUUAUGUACGCGGAUAGGGACCCUAAAGAUUAUUUGCUGCACUACGAACGCAUGCUGAAGUUCCUGCAAGAGCCGCGCAAUCAUGGCAUCAUGGAGGAGGAGUUGACCGUGCGAGGUGUCAAGUGCAUGAAUUUCUACGACAUCCUCGUCGACUUCAUACUCCUGGAUGCGUUCGAGGAGGUGGAGAAGCCACCGCCACCAAUCCGAGCCAUACUCCAAAACAGGUGGAUAUCCGCGCGUUUCCGGGAAACCGCGGUAGGGACAGCACUCUGGUCCAUUCUUGCGGGCAAGAGGCAAAUGUUGAAGUACGACCAAGGUUUCUUGGCGCACUUCUACUCAAUCUCCGAACACGUCUCGCCGGUGCUGGUCUGGGGAUUCCUGGGCCCGGAAGGUAGUCUACGUUCCACUUGUAGCUACUUCAGGGAUCAGGUGAUCGAGUUUCUUGUAGAUACGUUUAAUCUCUUUAAAGUACGGUACACGACUGUCGACGAGCUCGCCGCCGACGUACUCAGGGAAAUGAAGCUAAGGAUUGAUAAUAUAAAUCAAAGACUAUCGUUAGAGGGCUGCUAACCGAACGAGACAUGCGUAGUGCCGACCAUUAGCGCAAUGUGUUGACUAAACACCAAUUAUUGCCUACUAUCCAUUUCCGAUGGAAGCGAUAAUGACAGUGUUCUUGCAUUUUUACGUUAAUGAACGUAUGAAAUAAUUUUUACGUCGUACUCUCGUGUGAUGGACAUUUAUUUCUACUGUUUAUAUAAUAAUAAUAAUAACGAUUCCACCUCAUGCGCACAAUUAAACACCCGACAUUAUUUAUUCGAGAAUAAAGAAUAACUAACACGCGUUGCUCGUAUUUAUAGUAUUAAAUUUACAGAAAUUUUUUUAAUUACUUUGCAACAUGUAAAUAAUAUCGAAAUCAUAAUUUUAUUUAUUAAUAAUAUAAUCUUAUAAUUUUUAUUCCAGUGUAGUAUACAAGCAGGUAUCUUUCUUAAUGUUUUACAAAAUGUUUACGUAUAUAUAUAUAUAUAUAUGUGUAUAUCUUAUUACAAUUAUAUAAUUGCAAUAAGACGUUCUAUUGAUACUUUCCCGCAUUAUGCAGAGGAUCAUUUACAUUAGCGAAAUCAACAUAUUGCGAUAAUGGUUUACGUGAUAGUUUAUAAAAAUAUUAUUUAAAUGAGAUCAAUUCAUGGUUCCUCAUAUGUGCAAUAAGAUGUACAUUAAUCAAAAGGAGGACUACUCUAAGUUUUACGUACAGGUUUUUUUAACGCUCUCAUUUCAAAUAUAUUUUUGAUGAGUAUAUGCAUUGUGGUAAGAUGCUGGUAUUGGCCAACACACAAUGUGACUAUUUCAUCGUUUCGUUAUUUUAAAAAUAAUCGCUAGUACUGAAAUAUUUCUCAUUAAAUAGAUUUUACAUAGUACAAAUUGUAUCAUAGUUGAAAAACCCGGUUAACAAUUGCCAAAGACAUUGAAACCUGUUAUACGUACUAUGUAAGUCACAUGCAAGUACAUCCAAGUACAUAAUGUGACAAUAGUCAUUUAAUUAAUAAUUGCAGAUUAUUGUAA